GCCUGUGCUGGUUUACGCUGUUCCGUGCGAGACUCUACGGUGUGCGUUUACGUCUUUGAUGGACUUCACAGGAAAACUGCACAGAGACAUCCUGACACCAAUAGAUUGUCAGCAGUACCUUGUCAAGACCUAUGAUAUCAUAGCCUCCAGGAGGUAACUGGCGGUGCCAUGGAGCCGGAGUCGAGCCGGUUGUACUUCAGCUCGCCGGGCGGAGCCCUGCGGACCUGCGCUGUCCGCCAGUCGACCCUGGCCGACCGAUUCUCGGCGGUCGGGUCCCGGCCAGCCGGCCCUGCGCCGGAGAACCGUGGCGACAGCCCGCCACCGUUGGGCGAGGACGCCGGUCAGGUGGCGUCGCUGUUCGAGCUGUGUCUGCGGCUGGCGGCUGGCUGGCUGCACCGGCUGGAGAGCCUGCUCGGCUUCCCAGAGCUGGUGGGCGAGCAGCUGGUGCGGCGCGCCGCCCGGCUCGGCCUGUUCGACCAGCCCGGGGAGCGCUGCACGCGGGCCCUACACGUGGCCGUCGCCGCCUACCCAGACGAGGUGCUGCCGAGUCUGCGCAUCUGUGACCUGCUGACGCUGGGCGAGUUCGAAGAGCCGGUGGAGGUGCUCUGGGCCGGCCUGCUGCGGCUGGACCUGUCCGGCUGCCGGCUGGGGGACCGUCACCCCGCCCUCAGCCAGAUCGCCGCGCUGAGCAGACUGACGCACCUGUACCUGCGCGGCUGCGCGCUGACGGAUAUCGGAGUGAGGACGCUGACUCUGCCGGCUCGCAUGUCUGGCGUGGGCCUGACCUCGCUGCAAUGCGUGGAUCUGCGAGGUAACCAGCUCGGGUCGAGGUCGCUCCUGGCUCUAUGCAGACUACAGCCGGGCCAGAUAGCAGCCACAGCCCCGCUCAGUGAGGAUAUUCGAGCGAACGUCGAAACGAAAGGCUACCAAGUGGUGGCGCCACUGGCGUUCAGACCAGUCGCCACUGAGGGCUGGCUGAGCGAAGUUGUCGAGAGUGCGUGGAGCUCCUGCCACCGGCCCGCCAAGCGGCCCAGAAACGAUGGCUCGUCAGCUGCCGCGCGCUUCUAUGGCCAGCCGACAGUUCUCCCACGGGUGGAGCAGCGCCUGCAGCAGACGUUUCCGCCGCCCGUCUUCCUGCAGAGGUGCCGAGGUGAACCCUAGAGGUCAACA